AACGGUAUAAUUAAUAUUUUAUAUGGCACUGACAAAUACUUCAGGGUAUCAGAGUGUUUGUACGUAUCUGGUGUUUUGGCUGCUGUUGCAGGAGAUUACUGUAUUACUGCACAUCAGAUGGUGCUGGGAUUAUGAAGGAUUUAACUCAAAUGGAACAGAUUUCUCUACUAGCCAUGUCUCUGUACUCUUCUCUGCCUCAUAAUAUCAGUCAGAAUCUGACCAACUUCAGUGGAUCUCUUUUCAUCAGCACUAAAACUCGAGACUGUGGCAAUGGACAUAACAAUAUUUCAGCUAAUGAGGUGGUGUCCAGCUUACCCUUGCAGAUGACACUGUAUUUCAAUGUCGUCUUCUUUCCAUUCUGGUGGACAUCGGAAGUGACCAUGCUUCAACUUAAGUAUAGCCUUUUACCAGGAUACUACCAGUGGUUGCUUUUGAUGGCUGUGACAAUUCUCACGUUAAUUGAAUGUGUCCGACUUUAUCUGGGCUACAUGGGAAACUUGCAGGAAAAGCUGCCAGAGUUAGCUGGAUUUUGGUUGCUAUCCUUCACAAUCCAGCUACCUAUUAUUCUCUUCUUCCUCAUUGAUCGAUCUAUCAUCAUUUUACCCCUGGAGCAGACUAUUCACAUUCUCUACUUGACCUUCCUGGUUUUUGAAUUGGUUGUGGGAUUCCAGGCCCUAAGACAAAUGACAAACCACUUUGCUACACGCUUUUACCUUCAGCACUUUCAAAAGCCAGAACAUUCACAACAGAACAAAACGAGACAAGGAACAAGUAUUCGACAUGGGAAGAACUCUGUUUCCAAUGUUUAGUGAAGUACAAACUUCCAAGAGUAUUGAAGGUCCCAACCACGUUAAUGCAUGCAGAUCCCACCAUUAUUCCUGUGAACUUAUCCCAUUGCAAAUGCCAAGAUUUCUGUUCUAUUGUGAGGUGAAUGCUGUGUGAAAGAACUGAUGUUUGUUUCAGUGUAAUUCAGUCAAUGAGUAGGACUCGGAAAGCUUCACAGCUUUAUGUAUUAAACCCACAGAAAACUGCCACAAUACUUUUUUCUUUAAAUAAAGCCA